CUUUACAUCGGAGCUUGCGAUUUGCAUUGCAAUUGCAAUAAAUUUGUUUCGUUGUUUUAGAGUGAAAACACCAAUUUUUGAACUAAUUUCUCUUGGAUAACCUUUUGAUAUAGUUUAAUUGUUGUUUACCUUGUGCUUCAUGCGAUAUUUCGUGUAUAUUAGCCUCUAAAAUGAGGUCUAACAUAACUACUCUUGCAUUACCAUUUCCAAAGAUUUAAGGCAUAAAUUGGAAUUUGUGUUGCAAAAUAAUGCGUGGAAUUCAUCAUUUGAGUCUUAAAACUUGAAGGACUUAGCCAAGAUGAUGGAGACAUGCUGUUCCCGCUUCACGGCGGCGGAAGGCGGCGCGCGCCUCGCCGCGGCAGCCAGCGAGAAAAACAUCAUGGCGGUGGAGUACUCAUCCUUCAUCGCCACUCGACUGGUGCAUGAAGAUGCUUACAAGAUCCGAGGUCCGUUCUCCACCGGGCGACAGCGCUCGGUCUUCAUCUGCCGCGCGUCGCGCGUGCCGUGUGUGGCGUACGAGCUGCAGAUCAUGACGGACUUGAAGAUAGCUAAAGGAACCGAUCCGGAUGGCGUGGAUUGGGCCGAGGAGAUGGAAGAGAAAGAGGUCCUGGUAUGCACUUCAGAGGUGAUGCGAAAGGUCCUCGAGGCUCAGACCGUCACCAUGCCUCAAGUCAACGUGCUCAUCGUAGACAGCUGCCAUCUGGUGUCCAGCGAUGAGAGCCUGCAGUUUAUAAUGAAAAUCUACAAAAACUGCCCUGAAAGCACCCGACCACGAAUUCUAGCAUUAACCUACCCUCUCUUCUCACCCCCCACCAAAGAAGAAACCCCGCAAAAUGAAGACAAGGACUCCGAAAAUGACACACCAACCGAAAAUGACGUCAAGUCUAUCGAAAAUGUAGCGAAAAACGAAAAUGCGGAAAAAAAUCCGUGUGAAGAGAUAGGUGUGAAUGAAAAUUUGGACGAAUUUGAUACUUAUGAGAAGUUGGAGUGGAAAAUUGAGGAGUUGGAGAAAGAGUUGUGCUGCGAAAUGGAUCUGGCUGAAGAUAUAGAUGGAGGGAAAAGACUGGCAGCCAGCUUGUCAAAGCCCAAAGAACUGGUCAUCGAGUAUAGCGCCGGCCCCCCGGUUUCCCUGGAUCCGUCCACGCCUUUCGCUGAACUAGACGCGUUCAUGAGAGGCGCUGUGAAUGACGCCAUGGAAUUCAUCAUGGAGCACCGAUACGACCCAACGGAGAUAUAUGGUGAGGAUAUGUACGAAGAGUUCAAGAACAUUCCAGACCCCACCAUAGAGCCCAAGUUUAUAUUCAAGCAGUUUCUGUACGUUUUGGAUGAACUCGGCCCAUACGCAGCUGAUAAAGCAGCUUUCUCUCUCCUAGCCAAACUGGAGAAACUAAAAAUCAAAGUGCCCUACGAGAGACAUUUCUUGCUCCUCUGCCUUUGUACUUCUGUCUUCGUCAAAAUCAGAGGGUAUGCUGACUACGUGUUCUCUCAAUACGAGUCUGAUUGGGAGAAAAUCAAAAUCUUUUGUACCCCAAAAGUAUUGAGAUUCGCUGAGAUACUACUGAAGUUUCAGCCACCGGAGCUGGUCAAAAAUACAUCUGAGAACACAGCGAAAAUGUUGAGUGACAUAGAACAGUGUGAUUUUGCGUCAUUGGGCAACAAAAUCGAAGAUAAAGUGAAUAGCUAUGAAGCUAAUUUGAAAGAUCUUGAAGAAGGUUCCAGCAAAUGUGACGUCACCGAAAAUGAGCCUGAUAGUGCGGAAAAUAAGUGCGAUAGUGAGGGUGUUAACUCGAUAAGUGCUGGGAGUCAUUGUGAUGAGACUAGCUCAAAUAAGUGUGAUGUUCAAACCAAUUCGAAUAGUGCCGAAAAUAAGAGUGAUAGUGCCGGAAAUACGGUUGAUAGUGCGGUAAACAAAACUGAUAGUGCGGUAAACAAGAUUGAUAGUGCGGGAAACAAGCCCGAUAGUGCGGGAAACAAAACCGAUAGUGCUGGAAACAAAACAGAUAGUGGGCCAGUCGAUGGUCAGAAGCCAUUCUUCUCCCGUAGGUCUGGUGGUAGAGUGAGGGGCAGGGGACGGUUGCAGAGGACCAAUAUCAGAGUGCAGCAGAUUCAGCAGAAUCCUGACGCGUUAUGUGGGAUUGUCUUCAUGAAGGAAGCGCUUAUGGCGAAGAUUAUGUUCAUGCUGAUUGUG